ACACAGCACAGAUUCACGGUCCCAAGUAGUCGUUUUAUAUUUCCUGUGCCUUAUCACUUAACGCAAUGCGUGAUAAAAGUAUUAUUGUGACUACAUUGUUAGUAGUUUUCUGCACAUCGGUUAUAGAAUCAGUGCCGUUCAUCAAGAAGUGUAAGUCUGAUGACGAUAAAUGUAUAAAAGAGUCCGCGAAAGCAGCUAUUCCGGUCUUUGCCACCGGCCUGCCGGAAUAUGGUGUCAAAUCAUUAGAUCCUGUUACAUUCGACAAAAUGGAUGCCAGCUCAAACGGCCUAAUGCUUGUACUGACCGAUGUCAAAGUAACAGGCCUUAAAAAUUGUAUAGCAAAGAAAAUCAAACGAGAUAAGCCCAACUCUAAAAUUUUCAUCAAAUUGUUGUGCUCGGCCGAUUUGGAUGGUCAAUAUGAGAUGAAAGGACACCUUCUCAUUCUUUCACUUGAAGGGAAUGGUGCGGUCCACGUAAAGCUGAGGCAAAUUGAAAUCGACGUGGACAUAGAUUUAGAAGAUCAAAACAACAAGUGGAAAAUCAAGCGCUGGCAACAUUCUUUUAAUUUGAAGGGCGAAUCAGAAGUAGUUUUCGAAAAUCUAUUUAGUGGCAACAAAGAUUUGGCCAGCGCAGCUCAAGAAAUAAUAGCCAAAAGUGGAAACGAUAUAAUUUAUGAAGUGGGUACUCCAGUAAUCAAAGCCGUCGUUGGUCAAGUCGUUAAAACAGUCAAUUCAUUCUUCCACGCUGUGUCUGCAGACGAACUAUCCUUAGAUUAAUACUUUUUUUUUUAAAUUAAGAUACACUUAUUAAAAGAUACUUGUUUGGGGAUUUAUGUUUUAUUUCAUUUAGCUUAUUUGGAUAUUAACUUUUGACUGAUAACGUAAUUUUUCUUAUUUUUAAUGUUGAAAUUAACCACAGGUAGAUAUUGGCAUUUACAAAAAGAUUUACGACCCAUAUUAGUUUUAUCUUAUAGUGAAACUUUUAUUUAAUAUCACUUAUACAUUUCAUCUUGGUCUUUAGAGAUAACAACGAUUUUUUUGGCAUCUAAGAAGCAAAGUAAAGGGCUAACCUCUGGAAAGCGGGGGAGGGAGGUGGUGAAUGCUCUUAGUCACGUAGCCGGCUGCGUGGUUAUGUGGGACUCACUAUGAAACCUAAGUGCCUACCCACUAAACACCACCUGGGACUGGUUUUGGCUUGGAGGGCCUUUCUGCCGUAUCGGACGCGACCCCCCUUAGCGAAAAGGGGCGCAGGCGGCGAGUAGCCGCUGAGAGGCGCGCCUAACUAAGACAAAUUAUGUAAAGAGAGAAGAUUCGACCUGAGCCGCCCGGAGUUGGGGGGUCCGAGAGAGAGUUUCUCGGCCUGCGAACUCGAUAGCGAGAAGGAAGUGGGGCUGCAUAGGAAGCUGCCUUACGAAUAAGAUGAUUUGGGUGAGACUGAGGCUAUCAAGAAGUUGUCAGAGAGUGAUUUUAGAAAUUGUUGGAUUGUCGGGAGCUCUAAGUCUUGGUGAAGGUCGGCGUAGCCCGACGACAAGAAUAAUUUUGGACGAUUUGAAGUUCGUUUAGGAUUCUAGGUUUAGCAUGAGCAAAAAUGGGGGCCGUAUAUGUCAUAACUGGUCAUAUAGAAUAGGGUUCGGAGAGAGUUGCGAAGUUGUUGCGGUGCGAGUUACUUUCUUAACAUGGAGCUCGAGAGAGAGGCUCGUGUCAAGGGUGACACCUAAGAAUUUGGCGGUCUUAUGCCAGGUCACAGGGGUUCCUAACAUUCGGAUGAGCGGAAUUGUAGUGGGGCGGCGUCGUUUUAUGUUCGAAGCAAACGGCGGAGCUCUUCUCCGGGUUCACAUUCAUACGCCAUUUUUGGAACCAAGCUUCUAAGUCACUAACUGACUGUUAGAUCUUGUUCCGGAUAGAAGGUAGUGAGGUACCUUUGUAAUAGAGUGCUGUGUCAUCAGCAAAGAGUGAGAGCUGAACACCUUUCGACGGAAUGGGAAUGUCGUUGUUGAACAGUAUAUAUAAAAGAGGGGCAAGCACGGAGCCCUGAGGCACGCCGGCUUGGAUAUGACGCGGAGAGGAGAGCGUGCCUUCGUGUCUGAAACGAAAGGUAUGAUCGUAUAAGUAGAUAACAACGAUUCUGAGGCCUUCUUUAUUUAAAGUUGUUUGCUGUUGUCUAUGGGCUGCAGAAGAUACAAUCAAAUGGACAUUAAUUUUGUUUGUCACUCCAAUUUUUUAAAAACAUUAUACGAUUGCUUUGCGUGCCUAAAUUAAUAAGCGUAAUGCGUUUGUACAUUUAGCAGCAUUUUUCAGCAUCCAAAUGAUC